AUGGCACAAGCUGCAGCGGUUCAACGGCCAUUGCCGGACAGAAAUGAAUUCGAGUCAAUACGACUGGUUACCAUCGGUUCUAGGUUUAGCGAAAGUAUUGACGCAACGAUAGCGUGGUGCAGAAGGUAUGGCCUAUUGGCUCAAACGAUGGUAUGCCCAGUUUGUAACCUUCUAUGUCAGGAAGGAGUAUACAACAGAGUCAUAGAUGGCCGGGUUUUCCGAUGCCCCAACCGAGACUGUAGGAAGGUAAGUAGCAUCAGGAAGGGUAGUUUUUUCGAAGCAGCGCAUAUCCCAUUGUGGAAGGUUAUUGCCAUAACGUACAUGUGGAGUACAAAUUGCGGAAGACCAAGAGGCCCGUCACAGGAAUUUUUAAUGCGGGAAUUGGAUAUUGGUUCAGAGCAUACCAUCGUCGAUUGGAACCAAUUUUGCAGAGAUGUAGCUGUAGAAUACUUCGUAAAUCACCCGCAGCAAAUUGGCGGACCUGGGUCGAUUGUAGAGAUAGACGAGUCUGCCUUCGCGAAGCGAAAGUACAAUCGAGGGAGGAUGGUACCAGAAAAAUGGGUGUUUGGAGCAUACGAGGCGGCACGGAAAAGAGGAGUGAUGGUGAUGGUCGACAGAAGAGAUGCGGUCACAUUGAUGCCUGUAAUAAACCAAUGGAUUGCUCCAGGUUCAAUUAUAUGGUCGGACAUGUGGGCCGCCUACAAUCAAAUCCCCAACCAGGGCUUCCAGCAUGGUACCGUGAAUCACACCCACCACUUCGUCGACCCAAAUACGGGGGUAACCACAAACCACGCCGAGGCAAUGUGGUCAAGAGCAAAAGCGAAGUUUAAGUCCAUGAUGGGUCCUACCAAUCGGGACAUGAUUGGUGGCUACCUGGCGGAAUUCAUGUGGAACCAACGGUUCGGGGAUUCGCCGUUCUUUCAUUUCUGGACACAGAUCGCUAAUGAUUUGUACGUUGUGAAUUGA